UACUUCUAUUGAAACCCAGUCUACAAUUACAAAACAUUCAAAAUGGCGGUAGCGUUUACUUUUCGCACAUGCAAUUUUUAACUGCUUGUUGAAACGAAAUCCGAGAUCGUCUUGUCAUCUUCUGUUGUGAUUGACGAAGCACAAUUAUGGCAGCCUUAGACUCUUUAGCAGAGUUAAACAGUAUUCUUGAAGAAUGGAACAAUGAGAAUGCUGCUGCAGGAUUUGCUACGUCUAAUCCAGUUCCAAAAAUAACCAAGCUGGCAGAGAUAGUUGAGAGGGAAACUGAAGCCUAUUAUAAAAUGGAUCCUGACCCUUUUGAUGACAGGCAUCCAGGUAGAGCCAACCCAACAUGUACACUUGGACAUUUGUUUAAGGCCCUGUUUAAGAAUGAGGAAUUUAUGAACAGGUUGGUCUGUGAAUAUCUGCUAGAUCCCCAUGGCAACACUGAAUUAUGUGUACAGACUGCUAGAUUUCUGUAUGGGGUAGCACAUGGCAUUGAUAAACGUGAUUUAUAUGUAGACACG